AUGAGCGUCGUCGGCAUAGACUUUGGUGCUCAGAGCACCAAAAUUGGUGUUGCGCGAAACAAGGGAAUCGACAUCAUCACAAACGAGACCUCGAAUCGUUCUACGCCAUCCCUCGUUGGCUUUGGGCCUAAAAGCAGAUACAUUGGUGAGGCUGCCAAAACCCAGGAAAUCUCGAACCUCAAAAACACCAUCUCCUCCCUGAAACGUCUUGCCGGCCGGACGAUCGAUGACCCGGAGGUUGCGAUUGAACAACAAUACAUCACGGCACCCCUCGUCGAUGUCAAUGGACAAGUCGGUGCCGAAGUCACGUAUCGCGGGGAGAGGCAAAAGUUCACUGCAGUCCAGCUGAUUGCCAUGUACCUGGGGAAGAUCAGAGACACCGCAAGCCACGAAUUGAAGCUUCCGGUCUCGGACGUGGUCAUAAGCUGCCCACCGUGGUUCACCGAUGCUCAGCGCAGAGCCAUGUCGGACGCCUCCGAGAUUGCCAACCUCAAGCUGCUGCGUCUCAUCAACGACAACACCGCCAUCGCUUUGGGCUAUGGUAUCACAAAGUCGGACCUGCCGGAAGGCGAUGCUAAACCCCGCCGGGUCGCCUUUGUGGAUAUUGGAUACAGCGACUACACUUGCUCCAUUGUCGAAUUCCGCAAGGGCGAACUCUCGGUCAAGGCCACCACUUUCGACCGACACUUUGGAGGUCGAAACAUUGACAAGGCUCUGGUGGACCACUUUGGCGCCGAGUUCAAGGAGAAGUUCAAGGUCGACAUCACAACCAAUGCGAAAGCCACCACCCGUGUUGCCGCCGCGGCCGAGAAGCUGAAGAAGAUUCUGUCCGCCAAUGCUCAAGCUCCCAUCAGCAUCGAGUCUCUCAUGGACGACAAGGACGUCCGAGGCAUGCUGAAGCGAGAGGAGCUCGAGGAACUGAUGAAGCCCCUUCUUGACCGCGUCACUGUUCCCCUCGAGCAGGCUCUUGCCGAAGCCAAACUCAAACCCGAGGAUAUCGAUGCCAUCGAAAUGGUCGGCGGCUGCACUCGUGUGCCAGCCAUCAAAGAGCGUGUCAGCAAGUUCUUCGGCAAGCCUCUGUCUUUCACCCUCAACCAAGACGAAGCCAUUGCGCGAGGCUGUGCUUUCAGCUGUGCCAUUCUCUCCCCCGUCUUCCGUGUCCGCGACUUCUCCGUCCACGACAUCGUUUCAUACCCGAUUGAGUUCGUCUGGGAGCAGUCACCCGACAUUCCGGACGAGGAUACGAGCUUGACUGUCUUUAACAAGGGCAACGUCAUGCCAUCGACCAAGAUCCUCACCUUCUACCGCAAACAGCCCUUCCACCUCGAAGCUCAGUACGCCAAACCCGAGCUGCUACCUGGCAAGAUCAAGCCUUGGAUCGGCCGCUUUGCCGUCAAGGGCGUCAAGGCCGAUGAAAAGGACGACUUUAUGAUCUGCAAGCUCAAGGCCCGUCUCAACCUCCACGGCAUCCUUAACCUGGAGAGCGGAUACUAUGUCGAGGACGUUGAGGUGGAAGAGCCCGAGCCAGAAGCCGCCAAGGACCCCGACGCCAUGGAGACUGACCAGGCCAACGGUUCCGCAGAGGCCAAGCAGCCCAAGAUGCGCAAGGUCAAGAAGCAAGUCCGCAAGGGCGAUCUCCAGAUCGUGGCCGCCACCACAGCCUUGCCCGAAGCAGACAAGGUUGCUGCCGCCGAAAAGGAAAACUCCAUGUACAUGGAAGACAAGCUCGUGACCGACACCGAAGACAAGAAGAACGAACUCGAGGCGUACAUAUACGAGCUCCGCGGCAAGAUUGACGACGUCUAUUCCGAGUUUGCCAGCCAAGAAGAAAAGGACAAGAUUCGAGACAAGCUUGAAAAGUCAGAAGAUUGGCUAUAUGACGAAGGCGAAGAUGCGACCAAAGCCCAAUACGUCGCCAAGAUGGACGAGAUCCGAUUCGUCGCCGGACCUGUCAUCCAGAGAUACCUAGACAAGGUGGAAGAAGAGCGACAGGCCGUCUUGAAGGCUCAGGAAGAAGAAGCCGCGCGCAAGCGAGCCGAGGCUGAGGCCAAGAAGAAGGCCGAGGAGGAGGCCAAGAAGGCUGCCGGUGAAGGCGCCGCUGCGCCUGACACCGAGAUGAAGGAUGCCGACGGUGAGGCUGUCAAGCCUGACAGCGUCGAGGAGAAGUAG